AUGAAUACAUUUUGGAAUGUGCAAUUCACUUGUGACAAAUAUUUUGAGAUUUGUAUGUAUGACAAUAAGUUGUUUGAUGGAAUGCAAGUCUUCAGAACUGUUAAAGUUUCCAAAGACCUCACGUGGGAGGCAACUUAUGAAGGACAUAAAGCAAACUGUUUGUCAUUUCUGAUGGCUUUACCGAACAAAAUUGCAUCUUUUCCUGACUUCAUGAAAAUUUUAAAGAUGGUUGAAUUUUGCAAAAUAUGUGAAGGAGUAAAAAAUCAAGCAUUUUCAGUACUGCAAACGAACGUACAUAAUCUGUGUGGUGAAAGCAUUGGUAGAAUUGAGGAAGUGGUCGAGCAAGAUGAGAAGGAAAAUGAACAAUAUUCCCUCAACAGGCGCUCAUUAACUUGUGAGUAUUUCAUAGACACUCCUUUAUCAGGAGCACUUUGCCAAAAUUGCAAUGUCUUGCGAAGAAACAUAAGUAUUCAACUGGUUCGCUUCAAUAACAUUCUCCAGGAAGAAUCAGAAAGGUUGGCUGAACCUAGCAAGAGCAAAGUGAACAAACGAUUCCUUUCAAAUGAAGAAGAUCUCUGAAAGGGAGAAUGACCGAAAGAGAAGAAGGAUAACAGCUGAGAAAAGAGUGAAAUUUUGGAAAUUUAAGGCUGCAGAAGAAAAGAAAAUGAAGCACAUGGCUGUGGAUGAUGGCAAUGACCUUAUGGUGAUGCUUAAGGAGCUGGAUAAAGUGGAUGAGAAAAACCCUGAUAAAGAAAUGUUCCCAGAUAAUCCCAAAUUAUCACUGUUCUGGGAAAUGCAACGUGAUGUAAUAUCCAAAAAAUCAAAGAAAACGGCUAUAAGAUGGCAUCCACUGUAAGUACUUUAGUGAGUAACUUACUCUAGGGGUGCACUUUAUUCCAGUCAAUCACGAUAAUAUUAGAUGCACAAUGAACAACUACACCUGCCAGGUAUUAAUUGUUGGAUAGUGAUAUUAUGACCAUCUGGUUGGAUAUAAUAUCUGCUGCACCCUGUCAUAUUUAAACAGUCAUGUAUUUUAUCUGUUUCUAUAGCUCCCAGGUGUUUUUACAUCUACUACAUGUAUGCCCAUAUAUAGACCCAAAUGUAGUCUGCAUGGCAGCCUCCCAUGGAAUAGGCAAUCAUGGUAGGCACAUUGCCGUGCCUGUGGGGGUCUACCACACAGACUAACUUAUCGUAGACAUUCAUUUAUUCUACCUAUAAUAUCAACAUGAAGUAACAAUAGUACAGUAUGUUCACUUGGAGACCAAAACUUAUAAAAUCACUUUUCUUUUUGUACCAAUUAUUUUUCAUUAUAGUAUCAUCAAAACAUGCUUGGCUUUAUGGCACCGCUCUAAACAGGCAUAUGAAAUUCUGCAGGAUUCAGGCUUCAUAAAGCUGCCUUCAACAAGACUGCUUCAAUAUCACAAAGGCAAGAUCAAACAG